AAAUCUAGUUAGAGCAAUGGGAAACAAGCAAUGCAGAACCCCUUCCUGACUCACCUAGACUUUAUCAAAGCUUUCCAACUAAUGCCUUACCCCAAUCUCUCCCCUUUUCUAAUGCCACUGCAAUUAUCCCAUUAAGAUACAAAUGAAAGCCUGUCACUCUCCUGCUCAAUAACCUUUUAUUGUUUUCUGCCGCCCCAGACUAAAAUCUCAACUUGAUUAUAUAGCAUUCAAGCACCCAGCACUCAGAACUGAGCUCUAGCAAGUCAGCUGCAUUUCCAUUCAUUUGACAAAUGUGCAUGGCAUUUCCUACCAGACUCUAGAGUUAAGGCACCGUUCUGCACUGAGGCCACUCACAGCUAAGUGGGAAAGAUGGAUGUAUGAACAGAUGCAGAAAAUACACUGUGGUACCUGCAAUGCACCUCCCACAUGCUGGCAAAAGGCAUUUUGCAGGCAGAGAAAUAUAUCUGAUUCACUGUAUUUACAUGACACUAGCAGAACGCAUGUUAGAGAGUAAGAGAAAGAUCAAAGUAUCAAAAAAUGUGCUCAUACACAUCCCUACUUUGGGACCCCAAACAUCUUGGUUCUGAGGCAUAAAACAUGAAAAGCAGGGUCUUCUGGGAGGAAGUCAGGCAUGAGCAAGGAAAAGGACUAAGGCCCAGUCCCUGUUCUAAGAGCCAACGAUGACACCCAAAACAAUAGCUUAAACACAGUCAGACUCAAUGAAUUAGAUUACAUCUCUUCCAUAAGCCAAGAAAGGUAAUGAUAUGUCCCCCAUAACAUUUCAGCAUGUGAUAUAAAGGAGUUAAUUAUCUUUAGUCAAUGAUUUACUCAAUGUCUCUGUAAAAUGGGAAAAGCUAUGUUAACUUAGUACAGUCAUACCAAAAUUCAAAUUAAAUGUGAAGCAUGGGAAUGUCCUACUCGAAAAGCAAAAUUUUCCACAUAUAGUUAUGCCAACAGCAAGUCCCCAUGGACUUCAGUUAUAGAACUCAACACUGGGAGCUGGUAAGGAUUCGGCGGGCAAGCGGGUGUAAUCCGCAGCCAUCCGUUCUUGGGCAUGGUGGCUUCCGACCGCGGGGACCCCGAGAGUCUCUCGUCGGCCGAGUAGCAGCCAGGAAGGAGAGACUGGGAUGGUUUUUUACCUGUUGCUUUCUUAAAUCAAGGGCCGCCGGGCCGGAGAUGGAUGGAGGGACCGGGGAUUUGGGGACUCGAAAACGAGCUGAGGGAAGGGAGCUUGUAGAAAUAGACUGGAGUCUGGGUAGUGUCGUUUCCUAGAGAAUGGUCUCGAAGUAACUUCUCGGUAAAGUCUUCACGGAACUUCCAGACCACACUUGCCCACUGGGAGGCUUUUAGGACCUGAGACGUGUGCAGACUUUUCCAGCCAAAAUGAAGUUUAAUCCCUUUGUGACUUCCGAUCGAAGCAAGAAUCGCAAAAGGCAUUUCAAUGCACCUUCCCACAUUCGAAGGAAGAUUAUGUCUUCCCCUCUUUCCAAAGAGCUGAGACAGAAGUACAAAGUACGAUCCAUGCCCAUCCGAAAGGAUGAUGAAGUUCAGGUUGUACGUGGACACUAUAAAGGUCAGCAAAUUGGCAAAGUAGUCCAGGUUUACAGGAAGAAAUAUGUUAUCUACAUUGAACGGGUGCAGCGGGAAAAGGCUAAUGGCACAACUGUCCACGUAGGCAUUCACCCCAGCAAGGUGGUUAUCACUAGGCUAAAACUGGACAAAGACCGCAAAAAGAUCCUUGAACGGAAAGCCAAAUCUCGCCAAGUAGGAAAGGAAAAGGGCAAAUACAAGGAAGAAACCAUUGAGAAGAUGCAGGAAUAAAGUAAUCUUAUAUACAAGCUUUGAUUAAAACUUGAAACAAAACAAAACAAAAAAAAGAA